AUGGCGGAGGGGAGCUCUGCCGAGGGGGAGCUGGAGCCGCUGCGGCUGAGGCGGCUGCGGGGCGAGGGCUUCUUCGAGGUGCCGGCGGCCGACCGGCUGGGAAGAUGCCGGAGCGUGAAGGAAUUCGAGAAGCUGAAUCGGAUCGGAGAGGGCACCUAUGGCAUAGUGUACCGGGCCCGGGACACCCUGACAGACGAGACCGUGGCAUUGAAGAAGGUGCGGAUGGACAAUGAGAAAGAUGGAAUGCCCAUCAGCAGCCUGCGGGAGAUCACCCUGCUCCUGCAGCUUCGGCACCCCAACAUCGUGGAGCUGAAGGAGGUGGUUGUAGGGAACCAUCUGGAGAGUAUUUUCCUGGUGAUGGGCUACUGCGAGCAGGACUUAGCUAGCCUUCUGGAGAACAUGCAGACGCCUUUUUCAGAGGCUCAGGUGAAGUGCAUCAUCUUGCAAGUCCUCAAGGGCCUGCAGUACCUUCACGAGAACUACAUCAUCCACAGGGAUCUGAAGGUGUCCAACCUGCUCAUGACCGACAAAGGCUGCGUAAAGAUAGCUGAUUUUGGACUGGCACGCACCUACGGGAUGCCGCCGAAGCCGAUGACCCCCAAAGUUGUCACGCUUUGGUACCGAGCGCCCGAGCUGCUGCUGGGGAUGACGACCCAGACCACCAGCAUCGACAUGUGGGCCAUGGGCUGCAUCCUCGCCGAGCUGCUGGCCCACAAGCCACUGCUGCCGGGCACCUCCGAGAUCCACCAGAUCGACCUCAUCGUGCAGCUCCUGGGGACGCCCAACGAAAACAUCUGGCCAGGUUUCUCCAAGCUGCCCCUGGUGAGUCAGUACACCCUGCGGAAGCAGCCCUACAACAACCUCAAGCACAAGUUCCCCUGGCUGUCAGAGGCCGGGCUGCGGCUGCUCAACUUCCUCUUCAUGUACGAUCCCAAGAAGCGGGCGACGGCAAAAGAUUGCCUGGAGAGCUCCUACUUCAAGGAGAAGCCCCUGCCCUGCGAGCCGGAGCUCAUGCCCACCUUCCCCCACCACCGCAACAAGCGGGCGGCCGCCGGCGGCACGGGGACGGAGAGCCAGGCGAAGCGCAGCAAGCCCUGAGCCCUGGCCCACAGGAGGAGGCAUGGCGCAUGCCAGCCGGGAUGGCUUUCCUCAGCAGAACAGCACCGCCACCGCGGGCUCUGUCCCUUCCCGGGACGGCUCCCAAAUUCAAUUCCCCACACCGGGAUGGCCCGGCUGCGGCGGGGGAGCACUGUGACCCACUCCCCAUACGCAUCUUCUGCCCUGGAGCUGGACGGGCUCCAGCACAGGGCUGGGCGAGGUGGAUUUCAGCCGUGUGCCUGCCAGGGUGGGAGAGAGGGGAGAUGGGGCCAGGGGCCCCCCAGGCGCCGCAGGGGGAG